UCUGAGGCCAGAGGAGUUCACACUCGGGUGGGCGGAUCGUAGCGGUGACAGCGACGCUCGGAGACUCCAGACAAACUGUCAAAAAAACAGACAACUAACGGUGACCAUGGCGGAGUUAGACCUGAGUCUGAGUGAUGCGCUGACUGACAGCGUUCCCCAGCAGGGCCCUGAGAGCCUGGUGGAGCGGGAUUUUGUGGCCCAGCUGGAGGCCGAGACCUUUGAUGACCAGAUCGGGGAGACGGUGGGAAAGACGGACUACAUCCCCCUACUGGACAACGAUGACCCCAGGGCAGACACGGGUACUGCGUUGGAGAAUGGAGAGCAAGAAGCACAUGGAGUGCAAAAGCCUGGUUGUAAGGUGACCACAGGGGGACAGACUUCAGCGUCGCGCCCGGAGCCGCAGGGAGAGGUGUGGCCAAAAUCACUUGACCAGAAGCAGGCCCUAGCUACGGACUUCUUAUCAGCCUCCAUGGCAAGUUAUUCAGAUCCUCUGGGCUCUCAGACCAGCCCUGCCCCAAUGAUGGACACUGGCCGGAUGGGAGCUUUUUCAGGUUUCUCCCAGUCUGCUGGGAUGGGGGUCAACAUCGAGGUUGGGGCUGCCCCUCUGUCAGGUGAGAGGACUCCAAGUAAAGCCGAACCCCAGCACCCCACACCCACAGCGGGGUCUGAAGCCCCUAAAGAGUACAGCCCCAUGCUGCCUGAACCUCAGGCUCCCCGUAGCCCUCUGGACCUGUCAGCAGGUGCAUUAGGCGACUGCUGGCAAGACCAGGCUGACUGUCUGUCGACAGACCUCCCUUUCACUCCAAGCGUUUCCACGGUGAUCAGUCGCCAUGCCAGCAAACUAGCAGUCAGCCCUGAUGACCCACCUGACAGUUGGCCUACGCGAGAGAGCACAGCCUAUGCCGGAGGGGAUGAAAAAGAGGGAGAGGGAUCCGACCGAAAGCAGAACAAGAAGAAGAAAAAAAGGCGACAGAAAGAUGAGGGGUCUUAUGAGCACCUAGAGAGUAAAGGUCACCUUGAGGUGCAAGCAACUGGAGAAAACACAGAGGAGUUCUACAGCAGGAUAGGCCCGAGGAGAGAUAAAGGAGAGGCUGGAUGGGAGGAGCAGCUUGGGAAGAGUGGAGGGAGGGGGAAGAAGGGUAAGAGCAGGAAGAAGAUUCCACAGGAGUGGGGAGUGAUGGCGGAACCGUUUGUCCCUGCGUCAGCAGCCUCUCAAAUCACAGAAGACGAUAUGAUGGAUUUAGGAAGCUCUGCUCAGUUGGAGUCCUCAUUCACAGACAUGGAUAACAGCUCCAGCGCCUGGAAAAAGGAGGUUUUCCCAGAAGAAGGCCUAGUCCCUUCUCCUCUGUCCCAUGACCUUUUCUCUUCAACUGCUUCUGCCAUCAACCCAUUGGUCCUGAACAGCGAGCUGAAAGCCACAGCGCCUCCGUUCGCAAUGCCCUCUACCACAACUGACAGUGUAACACUUGGCUCCCUCCCCAUGGCUCCCCACCCAGAUGAUCCAUUCAACCUCCUAAUGGAUACUGAAAAUGCCAGCUUGGGUAACAGCAGCCAGGCCAUUUUGCCAACUUUCUCUCAAGAGAUUGACACAAUGGCUGGUGACGUUGUUGACAGUGGGAUAUUUGACACUACCAGUUUCCUCCAAGAGUCUUGUGUGCAAGGGCUACCAGAGGGAGACACCUCAGCUUUCAGCCCGGCAUCCCAACCAAGCCCAGGUUUUUCCCCAAAAGGUGAGGUGUUAGCCUCGGCCCCUCCUCUCUCACCAUCAGAUUCUUCUUGGGUCCUGAACAACUCCACCAUGAGCAGGGACAGCGACCUAUUUGACUUCAGUGAGGUCAACACUUCAGGUGAUCCUGUUACCUUGGGGCUUUCCUUUGACACCCCAAGCCCAGCGCCUCUCCGCUCUCCUAAGACCACAGCGCAAGAGUCCAAAGCCAAAGAGCAGAAGGAUGGGAAAUCUUCCCAGAAACAAUCCAAGAAGUCUCGUUCCUCAUCUUCCUCCUCCUCUUUGAAGAGUCCCACCUCCCCAGGAGCUAAGAAGUUCCCUUCACCAGCAUCCCCACUCAUCAGUCCCUCUUCCCCUCCAGCUGCAAACGCCCUGGGAGUCCUACCCUCUGGCCUCAACCCUGCAGCUAAACCCUUCUUUCCAAGUUUUGCUGAUUCCAUGGAAGAACCAGCCGUGGUCCCUCCAGUUGACCCAUUCAUGGAAGUCAAAUCUGGCAUGAUGGAGAAAACUGAGAAGAAGGAAGACAAUGAUAAGAAGAUAGAAUUCUUUGAACCUCUGGAAAAAGCCGAUCAGAAGAGCGUGAAGGUGGAAUAUGUGAGCAAUCCGACUCCAGGCAAGGUGGAGACAGAGACAGAGAAGGCAGAAAAAGAGAAGGAGGCACAGAAAGAGAAGGAGAAAGAGGCAGAAAUGUUAAAAGAGAAGGAGAAGGAGGCAGAAAAGUUGAAAGAGAAGGAGAAGGAGGCAGAAAAGUUGAAAGAGAAGGAGGAGGCAGAAAAGUUGAAAGAGAAGGAGAAAGAGGCAGAAAUGUUGAAAGAGAAGGAGAAACAGGCAGAAAUGUUGAAGGAAAAGGAGAAAGAGGCAGAAAUGUUGAAGGAAAAGGAGAAAGAGGCAGAAAUGUUGAAGGAAAAGGAGAAAGAGGCAGAAAAAACCAAAGAGAUCGAGAAACAGGCAAAGAAGGAAGAAGAAAAGAAGGAGGCUGAAAAGGACAAAGAGAAAGUGGAGUCAAUGCAACAGAAGGCAGAAAAGGAAGACAAAGUGAAGGUAGAAUUUUCCCCCGAUAAAUUGUUCAAGACUGAGGACAAGACGGAGAACGUCCAAAAAGUUCAGGUGACAGAGGAGGCAGAGAACAAAGUUAAGAAAACAGAGAAUGUGGAAAAAGUGGAAGAAAAAACCGAGAUGAAAAACUCUGAAAAGGUUGACAAAACUGAGGUGAAGGAUGUCAAAGAGCAGCACAUGGACAAAGUGGAAAAGACCCCAGAGCAACAGCUGACAGCCGCCAAACUUGAUAUCGGUUCUGACAAGGUGGAGACGAAGUCUGAAACCGAGAUGACGGCGACAGCAGAGGUGAAAGAAAGUAAGAAAGAAGAAGAGGACAAAGCAAAGAAGACAGAGAAAGAAGACAAGCCGGCCGAGAAAUCGGUAGAAAAACAGAAGACCGAUAAGGACGAGAAGCAGGCCGACAAAAAGACAGCGGAGAAGAAGGAUGAGAAGAAGGACAAAGCUGCAAAAGCAGACGCAGGAGAGAAGGUCAAGAAAGCGAAACCUGCAAGUAACGGAAGCAGCACCUCACCGAGCAAAGACCUGGCAGACAAGAAGACUAAGCCAGUUGCUGGGGUGACCAAACCAAGCACUGCAGCCAAAACACGGCUGAGUAGCACGGCUGCUGGCGGUUCAGCCACUGCCACUACAAAACGCCCCACACCCUCCACAACCGCCACCUCCAUCUCAGACAAAAAAGCAACCACAAGCAGGCCACUAUCCACAGCAGCUGCUGGUCCAAAGCGACCCUCAACCGCCUCCGCCAGUUCCACCAGCCGCCCUGCAUCCUCGACCACCUCCACUACACGUGAUGUUAAACCCAAGACCACGGCAGAGAAACGCCCCCUUGUGCCAAAGGCCAGCUCUGCAACAACAGGCUCCACCGCCGCCACCAAAAAUGGAACCGCUACCACAGCAGCAAGCAAAACAGCUGCAUCAGUGCGCACAACUGCUGCUCCACGCAGCACCACCACUACUACCGCAGCCAGGAAGCCUCUGGCUUCCAUGACUGAUGGCAAACCAGGAGAGGAGAAGAAGCCCAGCACUGGCAAGACUUCCACAGACUCCACCAAACCCAAGACCUCCACCACCACCGGCACCGCCCGCAGCUCUACUUCCUCCACCGCUGCCUCUCGCGCUCGACCCGCAGCAGCCAAACCGGCCACUUCAUCCUCCACCACUGGCGCAGCAGAGAAGAAGCCCCUGGUGCCUCGCGCCACCCGGGUCGCUUCCUCUUCAACCACGACCACCACCUCCACCUCGAGGACCGCAGCUCGACCCAGCACAGCACCGGCUCCUGACAUCCGUAACGUUCGCUCUAAGAUCGGCUCUACAGACAACAUGAAGCACCAGCCUGGAGGAGGGAAGAUGUCAUCUGCCUCUCAGAGCAGGUCCCUCGCCUCCAAAGAUACGAGCCAGGCCAAAGUUCAUAUAGUCUCCAAAAAGGUGGACUUCAGCCACAUCACCUCACGCUUGGGCUCCAAGGAUAAUUUGAAGCAUAUUCCUGGUGGAGGGAAAGUGCAGAUACUCAACAAGAAGGUGGAUCUGAGUAAGGUGACGUCAAAGUGCGGCUCCAAGGACAACAUCAAGCACAAGCCUGGUGGUGGCGUCGUGAAGAUCGAGUCUCACAAAAUGAGCUUCAGGGAAAAGGCUCAGUCCAAAGUGGGCUCCAUGGACAAUUUGAGCCACUCUCCUGGUGGAGGAAACAUCAAGGCUGAGGGGUCCCAGGAGACAACAGAGGGGAAUGAGACUCCCCUGAGUGGCACCUCGGCCCCUGGCUGUGAGCCAGGGCAGGCAGGGGGCGCCGCUGCCCAUGAGAAUGGGCUGAAGGAGGGGGCUCCCUGUGAUAGUGAGGGCCUCCGGGAGACCCAGUCUCUGGAGUCAGGCAUCCCAGAGUCAAGCAUCUAAUUCUGCUAUCCCUCUGCCCUCCUCAUUUCAACCCCCCCUCAACAACACCUCCUCCCCCCUUCCCCAAUUAUCCUUUUUCUAUAUAUAUAUAUAUUUUUCUUUCUCCCUUACCCUCCUCUCCCCUCUCCCCUGCCCCCUUUUUAUUUUCUUUCUGACCUUUCUGCUGCAGAUUGAGUCUCUCAAGCUCAACUUCCGCGAGAAUGCUCGCUCUCGCACGGACCAUGGCGCCGACAUUGUCACCUGGCCGGCCCCCCAGGACAGCCCCCACCCACACGGUUCCUUCUAUUCUCUACACCAAAACCACCACCACCACCACCGCCACCAACCGACUCCUCGCAGUGUCUCCCUCAUUGAAUCGUUGACGUCUGCAGGCUGCAUCAGCUCCCCCUCCCCCUCUUCCUUGCAGCAGCUUCAGGGGGAGGUCCAGGUUGACAUCAGCCACACCUUAAAAGGAUCUUGACCUGUUUUCUUUUUGCCCCCAUCAAGCUCUGACAACCCCCUUGAAUCCCAAAUCUGUCUUUGCAAAUUAUGGAAUCAUCCAGUAGUUCUGCCUCUCUAGUAUCAUAUUAUGAGCUCUUCAUUGUGCACCACCGCCAUCCUCCUUGCUAACCCGCCCUCCUUCAUAUGGCUGAAGUGACUGUAUAGACUAAGCUUGGGCCUCGGUGGGAUCUUUGUGGAGGGGAAUUAGGGGACGGUAAAGUUUUGUAACAUUUCUGGUUGCAUCUUCUCCAAGCUGACAGACCCUGAAAUCAUUUAGCAACAGUGUGGUGGUGGACUCCGCAUCAUCUCACCUUCCACACAUCAAAUAGCAGCACUUCAUUCGUCAACUGAGCAUUGUGGAAAACCCUCUCGGACUCACCUUAACUCGUAGCUUCUCUUUUUCCUUGUGACUUCAUGGGCUGUUUGUUCCCAAUAACCACUUACACUCUGCUUCAAUAACGUCAUAGUAAUUCAAUCUCAUCUGCUUCAUCACGUCCUCUCUCUAUCACUAUCACUUAUCAUCAUAAACAAGCUGACAAACAAAAAAAAAAAGCUAGACAACAAGUAGGCUGUUAAACUCUUUACUCUCUGUGUUUGUGAUGACGUGUUUGAGUGACAAAAUAACGUUGAAAUGAGCUUUCGGUGUUCUGUUUUGAUCUUAUUUCUGUUUUCUUCUUCCUUUCCUCCAAGUUUCUUGAUUUAAAAAAAACAGGUUUUCUUUAUUUAAUGUACUUUUCUUUCUGUGUAAGCAAUACAAUGGCAGUCUUUUUCUUUUUUUCUUUUUUUUUUCGUUAACACUCAGAGAAUCUUGGAAACACGCACAGGUUUUUGUAAAGCAGUACACACAGCUCAGAAGGAGGACAGAGGGAAGUGAGGAAGGAAUUGUUGCUGUGUUUUUAAAAGUAGGGCAAAAGAACAAAAAGGAUUAUGUUGGAACCUGAAUGUUUUUAAAAAAAAAUGCAAUACAGAGGAGAUGUUGCCGAGGUUGAAAAGCUUAACCAGAGCGUGCAGUCCAGAAGGAGAUGAGGAAGCAGCGUAAAUGUCUCUGGAGUCAAAGGCGCUGUGUGUUUCAGUCGUGCCUCCUAUCCUUUUUACCUGAAAACUACAAACAAAGAUGCCGCAGGCUCACGCCUAAAACUGCUCAGAGAAACACAAAAAUGUCAUAAUUUAAAAAAAAAAAAAAACGCACAUUAAACCGCUAGGCACAACCUGGUGUUGCUAUUUAAGAGAACCCUGUACACCCUGGUAGUUUAGUGUAGUCAUGGCUGUUGUCCCAUUUCAGGCGUUUCUAUGAGGGGUUAUGCUGCAGUGUUGAUUGCCGGGUGAUGAUAAAAGCUUCAGCUGAAUACUGAACAUCUCUUCCAUGUUGUUGGGAGUAAAGGCAGUGGAACAUGAUGUGGUUGUAUCAUAAUCUCUUGUAGCAAUGUAUUCAACUAUUGCCUUUAUAAUGCAUGGCCAGAUUAUUAUUACAAUAUAAAGCCCUGAGGGUGAAAACCCAUGUUGCAUUUUUGUUGUUAGCGCAUGUAUCUCUCUGGGCAGUGCUACACAGGUGAUGUGUUGUCUCUUGGAAGACCCUUUUUUAGCGCUGAUAUCGUCAUUUUACGUCUUCCACCGAUGAUGUAAUUCCACUGACCAAACUAGUAAACGGAGAUAAUUGAAAACAGUGAUUCAAACUCAAUAGGUGUUUUUGGACCAAACAGUUCCGGGGACUUUUUGAAGAGGCGCUGUCCACUAGAGAGUUCCCUGAGAGCUACACACCAUGGGGACUUUUUUUUUUCUGUCUGCAUUCGCACCUCCAUGGUACCUACUCUGAAGCAGGAGCUAAACAGGUUCCUCGAAACGGGGAUCCAGGAACUAAAAUAGGUCAUCAUUCCUGCGGUGCGGUGGGGGGAGGGUUCCAACAGUUCCCAGGACUAUGAAAAAGUUCCUGCAGUCCGAUAACACCUGUUGAGAUGGGUUUCUCAUGCGAGGGUAUUACUUACACAAGUUCAUAGUAUUUACGUAUUUCAAUCAAGCAUUAUAUCAGCUGCAAAGAUCAUACUUGCUUAGUAAAAAAUGCUCCUUUUUAAUAUCUGGCUUUAUAGCCAUUCUGUGUUCACCAGCUAGCAGCUAGUUUUUUCUUCGAAGUAUUAUGAAAUCAUGAACCUUUCCAACCUAUUGAUGCCGACUUCUUCAAAGUUGAACACUUAAUGCUCGUUACAUCACAUGUAGUAAAACAGAGUGAAAGGACUCGUAGUUUUUGGGGUUUGGAUACAGUUUCUUUGACGCAAAUCUUUUGUUUUAGCGUAUAUUCAAAACAAAAAACAAAAAAAAUCAAUGAAAAACAAGCGAGAUGAUUGAAAAUGCCUUUAUCAGAUAUUAAACAAUAUCAUCUCUUUUUAAAAAAAAAACAGAUUAAAAACCAGAGCUCCAUUGGCAGCCCCAAAACAGACAAAUCAAGCAAACAACGAAAGCAGAUUUUCUUUAUGUUCAAAUUGUCACUUUAACAAUGAAAAAAGAAGAAGGAGAAGAAGAAGCCUUGAAGGAAACAAAUGGAACUAAAUUGCACCUUAAUGCUUCAAUUCAAAGAGGGCUCACUGUGAGGAGUGGUGGUAUAUAAUUAGCAAAGUAAAUACCCCUUUUUUUUCAACAAGUGAUGCCAAAAAUGACUUAAUUAUGAAUGAGCUUAUGCGUGAUGACAUGAACUAUGGACUCUCAUUUCUCCCCCUACUAUUCAAUCAUGAAGUGUAGUUUGAUUGAUCAUUCGUCAUUAUUCCGUUUUAUAUUAAAAACCUUGAAUUCAAACUAGGAAAAAUAAUCUUUUUAUGACGGGGAAAAAACAAACAAGCAUUAACUCCUAAUUAAUGUCGUCAGAAAGUGGAAAUGUGUCACAUGCAGGUGUUUAAGUAUUUUUCUGCCAGGUGAGGGGUCGAGUGUUUGAAGAGCAGCUGUGAUCAUUGCAUUUGCUUUGUUUUAUGCCACAGCUGUCGUCUGCCCAAAACCAUGGUUUAGCUUUUGCUUUUGCCCCGAGAGUUUUUACUUGGAUUACUUAUGAGAUUGCACAUGGAUGUAUAUAGAUAUUUUAUUGUUGACGUAUUCGGUAUUGCCCUCAAAUUAAAGAACAAAGCAUCAGCAUUAUUAGAAUCAGGU